UCUUCUUUAUCGCCGCCAUAGCAGCUUUUGAGGAAUAUUAUCAUUAAUUUAAAUAGAGGAUUCCUUACGUUUGAUUGAAUAUAGAAGACUCAGGGGUAUCUCAAAAUGUGCCAAGUACUUCAAAUUUAGCAAAUAUUUUAGCUUGACGAUCAAAGUGUUGUCAUAUCAUCAAGAUUUUGUUUCAAAAUGAGGCCUGUUGUGACAUAAUUUUUCUCAUCCUCAACCUAUCAGCUGACCCAAGUCGGGACCGUACAUAAACGAUUGUACAUUCCCAACAAUUAUGGGAUCAAGAGGAAUACCCGGUGACAAGAUUAACUUGCGGUUGAUCUUAGUAAGUGGGAAAUCCAAAGAGUUCCUGUUUACGCCAAACGAGUCUGCGGCAGACAUAACAGAACUUGUUUACAACAACUGGCCAACAGAUUGGGAAGAUGAACCAUUACCACCGGCAAAUAUAUUGAGAUUAAUAUAUCAAGGAAGAUUUCUCCAUGGCAAUGUUACACUGGGAGCUUUACAACUACCUAUGGGCAAAACGACGGUGAUGCAUCUAGUGCCAAGAGAGAAUUUACCAGAACCAAACAAUCAAGGGCAGUUAAAAAAGGACAAAAGUGGUGAGAGUAACUGUAGUAACUGCUGUGUUAUACUCUGAAGCAUAGCGAUAUCACUGGACAAAUUCAUACAGACAGUCAUGAUAGGACAUGGAUGUACACUGUUGUAAAUGAUGUCCCGUCAUUUAGUGUGUGCUCCAGAACAAUGUUGUAUCAUUGUACAAACAAAAAUGCAUUGUGUUCUAAUAGGAUCUGAAAAAAAUAACAAAAAAAAACAAAAAAUGCUGAAGUGACUGAUUGACCAAGGACAGGAAACGUGAUGGUGGAUGAGGUUCUCAUUUUAACAUAGCUAGUCUGUGAUAAAGGUAAAACAAAGCAAAAUAGUACUUGUACUCUGUGCAUGUAGACAGUACUCCUGGACAUUUCUUCAUCUCUUUAUCUAUCUCUCUGUCAAUACUUUAAUUUCCCCUGUGAAAUGUCCAGGAAUAUUCUCGUGAAGGGAAAAUUGUUUUCCCUUCAUCAUGUGCUGACUGUUAGAAAACGUAAUGAAAAGAAACUGUGUAGGUGGGAAAACAAUUGUGUAUCCCUCACCUAGGACAAACAUUUGCAUAUUUAAAUCAUACUAUAGUGUUUUUUUCUGUAAAAUUUAUCACAUUAUCAUAAAUAGGCAUUUGUUUUUGUUCUACUUUGGUGGAGCAAUUUGUGUUCCCAGCAGAUUUUGUUACAGGUAUAUUCAGCUUUUGCUUGUUAUUAUGUUGUUAUGAUAUACAUUGAUAUGUCAUUUUUAUGUGUUGACAAAGAGAACUACUACGUACUUAAAUGAUGUUUUUAUGUUACAUUUUUAAUUCUUUCCCUAGAUAAAAUACAUGUACCAUUACAGAGGUUUUAUUGACUGCAAAACUUCUCAAAAAAUAUAUGAAAUUUAAAUUAUGUAUGAAAGAUUUGAAUGAAAUUUGGAUGUAUAUGUUUCAAAUUGUUGUCAGUGUGUUCUAUACAAAUAGUGUGUUGUACUGCUCAGAUUACUAGAUUGGUUACUUUAGAUACAUGACAUGGUGAGACAGUCAAGGCUGUUAUAAUUUGAUCAGUUUUUGGCCAAAGUAUUCUACAGAUCUACCUACAUUUUUUGAUAUUAUAUAAUUAAAUAGGAAUCUACUGUAAUCAUACAUAUACUAGCACAGUAAAAAAAAUAUCCAAGCACCAUUAACGGCAUAUUUGUAGUAGAAUGAGGAACAGUGAUAAAGAUAGUGCCGUUGCUGGGGCUCGUGCCUGCAACCCUUGGCUCUCCAGCCCGCUGCUCUACCGCUGAGCUAAAGGGAACUUCCCAACAGCUGACGCUUGUAAGGCACA